AGCAAGGACAGUUGACCUGGUCACUCCUGGCUCCCCAGCUUUAGCAGUGCCAGGCCCACGUUAGGUGCUCUCUGAGCAUUCGGCCAUGACAGCUGGCAGAACACAGGAGAGGCCCAUGAGCUGCUUUGACCUCUGGUGUGACAUGUUCAGGGUUAAGCACAGAGAGUUCAGUGUCACCGUGCGACACGCGACCGCGUCUGACCCGUGCUGUGGGAACCCACAGGGCCUGCUCCCGUGCAGUGCUAGAAGCCUCUGUUGCAUGGCUGUGUGACUUCGCUCCAGCGAUGGAAGAGUUAAUAGUUGAACUCCGCCUCUUUCUUGAGCUUCUGGACCACGAAUACCUGACCUCCACUGUCAGGGAGAAGAAGGCAGUGCUGACCAACAUCCUGCUUCGGAUCCAGUCCUCCCGAGGCUUUGACGUGAAGGACCAUGCUCAGAAGCCGGAGACCAGCAGCCUGCCGGCACCCCCGCAGAUGCCCCUGCCGGAGAUCCCGCAGCCCUGGCUGCCUCCUGACAGCGGGCCCCCACCGCUGCCGACGUCCUCCCUCCCGGAAGGCUACUAUGAGGAAGCCGUGCCACUGAGCCCCGGAAAGGCCCCGGAGUACAUCACGUCCAAUUAUGACUCGGACGCCAUGAGCAGCUCCUACGAGUCGUACGACGAGGAGGAAGAGGAUGGGAAGGGGAAGAAGGCCCGGCACCAGUGGCCCUCGGAGGAGGCCUCCAUGGACCUCGUGAAGGACGCCAAGAUCUGCGCCUUCCUGCUGCGCAAGAAGCGCUUUGGCCAGUGGACCAAGCUUCUGUGCGUCAUCAAGGACACCAAGCUGCUGUGCUACAAAAGUUCCAAGGACCAGCAGCCGCAGAUGGAGCUGCCGCUGCAGGGCUGCAGCAUCACGUACAUCCCGAAGGACAGCAAGAAGAAGAAGCACGAGUUGAAGAUCACACAGCAGGGCACAGACCCGCUGGUGCUGGCGGUGCAGAGCAAGGAGCAGGCGGAGCAGUGGCUGAAGGUGAUCAAGGAGGCCUACAGCGGCUGCAGUGGCCCAGCGGAGCCGGAGUGCCCACCCCCGGCCAGCGCCCCGCUGCAGAAGGCAGAGCUGGAGAAGAAGCUGUCUUCAGAGAGACCCAGCUCGGACGGGGAGGGGGCCUUGGAGAACGGAGUCACCUGCAACGGGAAGGAGCAAGUGAAGAGGAAGAAGAACUCCAAAGCGGAGGCCAAAGUCACAGUGUCCAAAGUCACUGGGAAGAAGAUCACCAAGAUCAUCGGUCUGGGGAAGAAGAAGCCAUCCACCGACGAGCAGACCUCAUCCGCCGAGGAGGACGUGCCCACCUGCGGCUACCUGAACGUGCUGUCCAACAACCGCUGGCGGGAGCGCUGGUGCAGGGGGAAGGACAACAAGCUCGUCUUCCACAAGGACAGGGCCGACCUGAAGACCCACAUCGCCUCCAUCCCGCUCCGCGGCUGCGAGGUGAUCCCGGGCUUGGACUCCAGGCACCCCCUGACCUUCCGGCUGCUCCGCAAUGGGCAGGAGGUGGCCGUGCUCGAGGCCUCCUCUUCAGAAGACAUGGGCAGGUGGAUCGGGAUCCUGCUGGCGGAGACGGGGUCGUCCACUGACCCGGGCGCCCUGCACUAUGACUACAUAGACGUGGAGAUGUCGGCCAACGUCAUCCAGACGGCCAAGCAGACCUUCUGCUUCCUGAACCGGCGCGGGGUGUCCACCAGCCCCUACCUGGGGAGCACCACCAAUGGCUACUCGCACCCCAGCGGCACAGCGCUGCACUACGACGAUGUCCCCUGCGUCAACGGCUCGUGGGACGCGGAGGACGGCGGCCACCCCGCCUGCUGUGGCCGGGGCCCGGGAGAAGAGGUGCUGUACGAUAACGCGGGCCUCUACGAUAACUUGCCGUCUCCGAAAGUCUUUGCUCGCCCCUCUCCUGCGGACAGGAAGGCUUCGCGGCUGUCCUCUAACCACUACAAGUCCCCCGCCUCGGGCCUGCCCUGCACCCUGCCUGUCACUAACACCUCUUCUGUGGGGAGGGCAUCUCUCGGGCCACAGCCCCAGCUUAAGGGUAAGAAGCCCCCAGCAGCAUCUAACGGGGUUCUGGGCAAAGGGAAGACUCUGAGCAGUCAGCAGAAAAAGGCGGAUUCCACGGCCGGCGUGAAGCGGACAGCUUCCAAUGCUGACCAGUACAAGUAUGGCAAGAACCGGGUGGAGGCGGACGCCAAGCGGCUGCAGACCAAAGAGGAGGAGCUGCUGCAGAGGAAGGAGGCGCUGCGGAACAGGCUGGCGCAGCUGCGGAAGGAGAGGAGAGACCUGCGAGCUGCCAUCGAGGUGAACGCAGGCAGGAAGACCCAGGUGGUGCUGGAGGAGAAGCUGAGGAAGCUGGAGGAGGAGUGCAAGCGGCGGGAGGCGGAGCGCGUGAGCCUGGAGCUGGAGCUGACCGAGGUGACGGAGAGCCUGAAGAGAGCCCUGGCCGGCGGCGUCACCCUGGGGCUGGCCAUCGAGCCCAAGUCAGGGACGUCCAGCCCGCAGUCCCCUGUGUUCCGGCAUCGGACUCUGGAGAACUCGCCGGUCUCCAGCUGCGACACAAGUGACGCUGAGGGGCCUCUGCCUGUGAACAGCGCCGCCGUCCUGAGGAAGAGCCCUCCGGCCACAGGCAGCUCGCCCUGCCGGGGUCACGUGCUGCGGAAGGCCAAGGAGUGGGAACUGAAGAACGGGACAUAGGAAGGGAGGCGGCCCCAGCCCCAGGCAGACUGCACCCCGCCCGGCUCCCCGUCUGCGACAGGUGCUCCCCAGGGUGGCCCACACAGGACGUCCGCGGCUCUGCAGCCAAGCUCUGCCCUGCCACCCUCGCCCAUCUGCCCGCGUGUCCUUCCUACUGUAGGACGGUGCCCUUUUGAAAAGUUUACUGUAAGACUUUAGCUUCUAAUUUUUCUUGUUCAAAAACAAACAGAAAGGAAUGGUGAGUGUUGUGACAGAUUCCUAGGCGGAUGGACCAGCUGCAUCUCCCCAACCAGCUGAACGACUGCCCCACCCCAGCCAACAGGCAGCAGAUGGACAGACAGAGACCCCGGGCCCGCAGGAGCCUGGCUGGACCUGGAGCAGCUCCCAGGCCCUGCCUUCUCGUGUCUGGUGUCCCCGUUUGGGCGUGCAGUGUCAGGAUCAUCAGUGACCACGCGAGGUUGGCUUCUGUGGCCGAAGUGGGGCCGGCGUGGGCACUGUGUCCAGCACCCCAUCCACUUCUGCACCCUUCAGAGGGAAAGACACGAGAGCCUUGUGCUGUGAAGCCAUUUCUACCUUCUAAUUAUUUCUUUCUUUUGGACACUUCUGUCUCCAGGCCGUGAAAAGGUGCCAUUGUUUUUUAAAAUGUCCCUGCCAUGUUUCCCUUCCCUCUAACGUCUUCAGGCCCAUGUCCUAUUUUGUUAGGUAUCUGUGCUGCUGCUGCCAGGCAGUGGGGUGCUUUAUUUUCCUAGUGCACUGUGCCCAGCCUGGGGCCCAUCCCUCCCACUGCUCCCCGCCAUGGCGCUGCUCAGGCCCGGCCCCUCACAUGCCGCAGUGCUGCUGGCCCGAGGUCCACCUGCAGGACGUCUGUGGGCCGUGGGGCUGGAGCCGGCCCGGAACAGCAGGAGGCAGAGUCUGGGAACUGAGGAACCAGAGCUGGCCUGCGAGGGUAGCCCCUCUGUCCACCGAGGCUGGCACCGCUGCCCCUGUGCGGGACUCCUGCAGCACCAGAUGCACAGUGAGCCUGCCCGGGCCUCCAGAGGCGCUGUCAGGGAAGACGUGGCCCCAGCGAGGAAGGGACAGCACCGUACCCGCCACGCGCCUUUUGUCCCCAGCCAAGGUGCUCUCCCCUGGCACAAAGCGCCCCCCUACUGUCCCCAGCGCCGCCCUCCCUCAGGGGUGGUCUCCCUCUGUCACAGGGAGCUGCGGCCACUUCAUUCCAUAGGAAACUACAUUUUUGUAAAGGGAAGAAAUUUAUAGACUGGAGAUUUUUUUUUGCUGUCUUUGGGUCUAAUAAAAUCCACGAAGCCAGGCUUGUGGGCCAGUCUGAGGGCAGCUGCUCGGCCGAGAGGGUGCCGCUAGUUUCAGGUUGCUCCUGAGAGGAGAGGCGCCAGCCUCAGGCCUAGGUAGACACCCAGGAAUUGUCGCCUGUGCUUGUCACCAGCAGUCUUCGGAGGAGGCGGCAAAGGUUCCCGGGGCAUCUGCAGUGGCCUGGAGGAAAGCAAGCUCCCGACACAGGUCCUGGGCCCUGUGGGCUCUGAUGUUCUCGGAUUCGACCAGAAAGUCAGUUUAAAGCAUUUGCUUCAAAGUUAAGUUAUUUAUUUGUAUAUGUCCCGUAAGUAUAGCUUUAAUUUAUACCUGUACAUAUUAGACACACGGACAUCCUGCCCAAUUCUGAGGCUGAUCUCGUUUGGUCACCCUCCCAGAGCAUAUCCCAGCAGUGACCCCGGCCAGGGAUGGCACAGGCACCCCUGUGCUGGGGCCAGGCAGGUGGCGGAGGGCUGCAGGGUACAGGGCAGGCUGCCCGGGUCCAGGGUCUUUAAAGCAUCACCCGUCACCUUCACAGGCAGCUGUGCUCACAGAGUGUGGCUCACCGAGGGGAUGGAGGCCGGGCUUGGGGCUCAGCCCUUCCUGCCACUGUGAGGCACUGGGUCCCUCCCUGGGCUUCUGCUCCUGGCAGAGGUGAGUGGGAUGGCACCGCCUGCAGAGCCCCUCCACUGUGUCCUGUGGUUUUAGCUCCCAGACCAACCCCCACGUAGGGCCGCGCUGUCACAGGACUCACUAGCACCCACUUUGACAGGGUUGGCCUAGCUGUCACCCGCCUCGAGAGUCAGCACCCUGCAGCCAGCCGGGGCCAGCACAGCCAUCCAGAGCCUUCCGGGAGCCCAGGGCCCUCCCUGCCUGCACCAGGAUCCGGCUGUCUCUAAAUAACCACACCCACCCAGCUGGCUGGGGUUCCCACUUCAAGGAUGCCCUGACCCCGGGGACGGUGCUGGUCCCCAGGGCGGCUCUGCGGCUCCAGGGGGCUUGGGGGGCUCCCCUGCACGUCCGGCACGCUCCCACUAAGGCUGUGGCAACACUAAAAUGACAAACCGUUGCCUUCCUCUUUUUUUUUCCUACAAUGAUUUUUAACGGGAAAGAUCAUUUCAAAUGCAGCAUGAGAUUUUCAGCAGGUCACUCCUGGUCCUGUUGUUGCUCUGUUUUUAUCAACCCCGCGGUGGGCCAGGUACAUACUGUGAAAUAAACCACACAUAAAAGACUAGCGUGUGCGUGUGGGGUGCCCAGCCCCCCCAGGGGCUCCUUGCCCCCUCUGCUGCUGCGAUCACAGUGGCCCGGAAAGGCCCACCUCGCAGCUCGGAGUUUCCCCACAGGAUCUUCAGAUCACAACUCUUAGGGACCAAAGGUGUUUUCAAUAAGAUCACCCUCUCAAUUGAUUUUCUAACAAGAAAGGAAAUACUCGCUUUACACUUUAACAUCAGCUUUUACAUUCUAGAUAUCCAGGAUGAAUUGCCCUUGGCCAUACAUUGUAAAAGGUUUCCAUAUUAACAAUGUAAUUAUUGCCUUAUUGUAUUUUUUAAAAACUAAAGUCAUAUUUAACAUUCUCUUUGAAAGAAACAGGCAAACAGGAAAGCUUUUUUAAAAAUUAAAUAUGUUGUUCGUGCCCGUUUGAAAUGACUAUAAAUGUCUUCGCUGUCUGUAUUUAAGUCACAAAGUAGAAAAGAGACUUUGGGAAAGAGACUUGCAGUGACCCCUCUGGGACAGCUUCACUUGAAUCCUCCGCCUUCGGACUGAAUUUCCUUCUGUCCUCCGCGGUGUAGCCUUUGACUGGCGCCUGUGGCGCGACAAUGCGCGCUUAUUGUUAAUAAAAUGAUCCAACC